AUGAGAGACGAAGACGAGGUUCGAGCAGUCCGCGGACUCUCCGGGCAAGCGGCGACGUCGAGCAGUGCGUCCGUAUGUCCUUUCAAGCUGGACGAGCAUCUUGCCAGCACUUUUGAGCGAUGCGAGCGUGAGGACGACGACGAACCCUCGACCCGACGACCCCUCUCUCGUUACCUACCACACACUACCGCUGGAAGGCCUUCCUGCUGCGCUGCAGCUUCCCCGAAUACGCUGCCGAUGGUGUCUACGGCGGUACAAGCGUGGGCGAGCUCGCCAGGCGACACGCUGUCCACUUCGAGCUGCACAAGCGUGCCAACGCUGCCCGCCGAGGUUCACCAGCUCAUCGUGGCCGCCUGCGUCGACUCGGACCCGCUUUACACCUCCCUUCCCCCUCGUUACGAGUUUCUCUGCCGACUCUCGCUUGUGUGCAAAUCCUGGAACGCCCUGGUCCUCCCUCUUCUCUACCGGGACGUGCUGCUGGAAACGGAGUCGCAGGCGGCGAGGUUACACCGCUCAAUGACGAGGACGCAUGGUGGGAGGAACACGACUUUGGCUCGCCAUGUGGAAACGCUGAGAUUGGGCGCGAUCCCUUGGCUCGGGAAGACGUUUAAAGAGAUGGCGGACGAUCAGGGCGAGGAGGAAGAGGUUGAGGAACACUAUCUCUCGGCUGGAGAAGCGACAGACUUCUUCCUUGAGGAGCUGCUGCAGGCGAUGUCGGGUCUGAAGGAGCUGUGGAUGGCCGGCAUCCAACAUGUACCGCUGUCUGCCCUGCGGUGGGCACAGAACCUCGAAGCGCUUCGCAUGCUCCGAUCGACCAUCUGCGACUGCGACGUCUUCUGCGACACUCUUUCCGACCCGGCCGCGACCUUUCCUCGCCUGCGACGUCUCGAGGUGUACGCCAGGUGCAUUACCAUGUCGACCUCUCGCGUCUUCUUUUCGUCUUCGACUUUCCCCUCGCUCUCGCGCUUCUCCUUCGCCUGCCCAUCCGAAGACUCUCCCUCGUCCACUCUCGACGUCUCUCAACUCACCUGCCUGUCGACAAUCACGGAUGCGCCUCCCUCACUCGCCAAAUCCAACUUGCUCUUGCUCGACAUGUACCAGAUCCCGCUCCGCCUCGCCCUCCCUCACCUGCCCAAGUCGCUCCUCAUCCUCCGCCUCAACGACUAUUCGCCGCUCACACUGUCCGUACCAUGGUUGCUCGUCGACCACGAGACGUCCGACCAACUCGCCUCUCGCCAGCCCAACCUCCGCGAGUUGUGGCUUCCGCAAAGCUACUGCGACUGGCGAGACGACGCGAAAGAGUCAAGGCGGGAGAUGGUCAAGAUCUGGGUGGACAAGUGGGAGAAGCGUGGCGUCACGGUGGUCUUUGAAGGAGAGGACGAGCGGAAUCGCCACCUCGAGCCGGAGCAGCGUAUCCUGACGGAGGAGUCGGCUUUCGACUUCCAGUUUGAGCGGUUGUGUAGCCGGGUGGAGCGACUCGCUGCAGAAAGGGCGGCAACUUGA